AUGGAGAACCUUAUGCGAUCGUUCCCUGAGCGGAGCUUCGAUGUCACGAACUGGAUUGAAGUGAUGUCUGGCAUGCUGUGCUGUUUGAUCACGAGGAAGACUUUGGAGAUGCAGCGGGAGGAAGUCGUACUGAAGACCAGCAACUGCUGCUGCAACUUCUCCCAGCGCCGUCCCUACGCGCAGCUCACGUUGCUGGAGCAGAGGAGUUUGUGCUUCGGGAUUUGUCAGGCCAUCAACUCGGAGCCUCAGAUACGGCAAUAG